AUGUCCGUUUGGACUCUGGACCAAUUCAACUUGACGCAUCCGAUAACCCCUCCGCACACCAUUCACCCCUGCCCUGCUCUGUUCUCUGCGCUGCUCUGCCCUGCCCUGCUCUGUUCUCUGCGCUGCUCUGCCCUGCCCUGCUCUGUUCUCUGCUCCGCUCCGCUCUGCUCUGCUCUGCCAUUCUCUGCUCUGCUCUGCCAUUCUCUGCUCUGCUCUGCCAUUCUCUGCUCUGCUCUGCCAUUCUCUGCUCUGCUCUGCCAUUCUCUGCUCUGCUCUGCCAUUCUCUGCUCUGCUCUGCCAUUCUCUGCUCUGCUCUGCCAUUCUCUGCUCCGCUCUGCCAUUCUCUGCUCCGCUCUGCCAUUCUCUGCUCUGCUCUGCCAUUCUCUGCUCUGCUCUGCCAUUCUCUGCUCUGCUCUGCCAUUCUCUGCUCUGCUCUGCCAUUCUCUGCUCUGCUCUGCCAUUCUCUGCUCUGCUCUGCCAUUCUCUGCUCUGCUCUGCCAUUCUCUGCUCUGCUCUGCCAUUCUCUGCUCUGCUCUGCCAUUCUCUGAUCUGCUCUGCCAUUCUCUGCUCCGCUCUGCCAUUCUCUGCUCUGCUCUGCCAUUCUAUGCUCCGCUCUGCCAUUCUCUGCUCUGCUCUGCCAUUCUCUGCUCCGCUCUGCCAUUCUCUGCUCUGCUCUGCCAUUCUCUGCUCCGCUCUGCCAUUCUCUGCUCUGCUCUGCCAUUCUCUGCUCCGCUCCUCCCCGUUCUGCCCUGCAGGCUAGUGGAUGACCCGCUCGUGCCCGUCCGUUUGGACCUCGAGAUCGGAGAUCAACGGCUGCAGGACGCCUUCUGCUGGAACAGCAACGACUACCGAUUAUUCCCCCUCAACUCCCCCCCUCACCCGAACCCCCACCGGACCCACCACCCCACUAAAGCCUGUCCCGUUGCGCACCCACCUUUCCCCAACCGUCCGGUCCUUCCCCUCUUUUCCGUCCCUCCCCUCCUCCCUCACCGUUUCUUCCUCCUGUCCGUUCUCCUCGUUCCUUCCCUCCCGCCUGUUUUGGGUCACCUCCUAUUGACUUCCCUCCCUCCCUCCCUCCCCUUUACACCCUCCCCCCGGCUCCCCUUGACUUCCCCCCCUCCCAUUGCUCCCCCUCCCUUCCUUGACCUCCGCGUUCCAUCCCCCCAAUUCCCUCCCCUUGUGGCCCCCCAUGCUUACCCGUUGCCUGCCCCCAUCCCCUCCCCUUGCCCCCCUCCCAUCCUCUCCCCUUCCCCCAUCCUCUUCCCCCCAUCCCAUCCAUUCCCCUUACUACAGAGCCAGAUGGGGAGGCAGCUGCAGCCGGAUGGGGAGAUAGCGGCCUUUGCAGAGGGCCUCGUGAGGGACACGAAGCUUCCUCCCUACUUCCUGCCGCACAUCACACAGGCCAUACAGUACGGACACGGCCUGCCUUGGCCCAAGCACGUCUCUUUCCCCUCCCGUCUCCAACCACCUCGCGUUUCCUCCCAUCCCCCCUUUCCCCCCUUCCACCCCUUCCCCUCUCCCCCCUUCCCACCACCCCCUUCCCACCACCCCUUUCCCCUUCCCCCCCCUUUCUCCUGCUCCCCUUCCCCUUUCCCGCCUUCCCCUUCCCCCUUAACUCCCGCACUCCUAAUCCCAUUCACCAUGCAGGCCCAGGUAGCUGAAUUUCGAUCACUACAUGCGCAGGACCUCGCAGCAGUGCUUGGAGCCAGUGAGGAGAACGUGCACCUGGUGAAGGACCUGGCAGCAGUGCUGGGAGCCAGUGAGGAGAACGUGCACCUGGUGAAGGACCUGGCAGCAGUGCUUGGAGCCAGUGAGGAGAACUUGCACCUGGUGAAUGUGAGAGAGAGAGUGUCCCUUUAG